CUUUAAGGAAAAACUAAAUUAUGUUCUAUAAACUAAAAACAUGUUUUAUAAAACUAGCUGAUAAGUCCUAUAGCUAAGGUUCUAAAGCUUGAAUUAGGAUCAUAAUAUUUGGAUUAAACAACUGUUUUGUUUUAAUAUGCUUUUUAUUAAAACCGUCCUAAUCCAAAGACUACUCAACCAAUAUUAUUUAAGAAAAUGUAAUCUGGUUUGGAGGUGAAGCACAUGAUGUUACAACCAUGAAUAAAUUUAACCUGUAAAUAUGUAUUUACGAAAUUGUAAUGAAAUCAGAUGUCCAGAGCAAACAGUCCUAGGUAGAGUGUAGUUCUUGUUCUAAAUGGUGUCAACAUGACGAUGCUAACGAUAAUUGAAAAACAGUAUGUAAAUGCACCUUUUCAAUGAUGUUUGAUUAUUGUUAGAUAUUGAAUACUAUAUUUAUCCAUGACUAGAUCAAUAUUUACUGUUUAAAUAUCCUGUGGGUACCUUGCAUUAAUUUUUAUAUUUGUGGUGAGGUGGUUUGAGGUUGCCGUUUUGAAGUAAUUUAAGAGAAAACUAAUUUAAACUAUGCAGAUCUAAGCCUGAUCUUAAUGUGCUCCUUAAGGGUUUCAUGCAUGUAAAAGAGACAUUCAGCACUCACACACUUUAGUGUCUUUAAUAGCCAUGAAUGUGUCCUUGGGGGAGUCAAGAUGUAUUUUAUGGCAGCUUCUGCACUGUUGUGAACUUAAAAAGCCCAUGUAUUCAGUUAUAGGACCAAAUGCAUCAUGGGGAAAUUAUUAAUGUUUUAUUUUGGAUAACUUCACUGGAAAUUCCCAGGCACUUAAAUGCAUGCUGCUUUUGUUCAGAAGGUCAAUAAAUUAUUCAUACUAGCCCAUUUAUUUAUGUCAGAUUGGAGAAUGUACUGUUUUUCUGCAAUAGCCAGAGGAGUUGCUAGUAUGAGGUCAGAUGCACUUUUGGAGAUAUGUUCAUACGCUCAAGGUACUACUGGACCAAUUGAAGGUGGAAGUGAAUGUUAGCAGCUCAGAUUGGGAUGGAUAAGCUUUCAGUAAUUAUGUUAUAUUUUGUUUGGACAAAAUCAGUAACCAUCACUGACUUUACAUAACUCCAUUUAAGGUAAUCACCAUAUAUCUUACAACUGAGACAAUGAACUGAUUAGUGAUAUUUGGAACAAACUCAUGCUAGAUCACAUCUGUAAAUCAAUAAAACACUAAAGGUGAGAACAUUAGGUAAGCUACUCACCUGUCCAACCUGAAAGAAUCAAACCUCUUCUAAAUGGGAUAAUCGUGACUUAUUGAACCAUGCACUGAUUUUUAUGAGACAAGAUCAUUCAGUCUUUUUUUUUUUUUUUUUUUUUACAAUGAAUGUGUUUUUAAGGGAAAUUCCAAGAAAGCAUAAGAUUCCAUGCAUAGAUUUUUCCAUUCAUUACAAAUAAGCAUACUGUUCACUAUAAAUAAAUUGGAGGAAAUGUCAUGUAGAAAAACUUAAGAAAAGUUAAUGGUCCACAAGUACUUUAUGCUGCAUUUUCUUUAUGAAUUAUUUUUGCCCUUCAGAUUUAAGGAUGGAAUAUGACCGAGAUAUUCCUAUGCAGGUUUCGUGUAAUUUCCUUGAAACGUUUAAAUGCUUUUUUGUUUGACUUGUGUAUUUUAGCCCCAUGCAUAAUGCAUUAUAAAAACUGUAUCUGUGAUUGAUCUAAAAAUGGGACAAGGACUUUUUUCUGUUGUACAGGAUGUGAAAACUCAUUGUUUUUACACUAUAUUAUCUAUUCAAUCUAUCAAAAAGAGCUGACCUGACCUGACCCGACACUAAACAUUUUAUUGCAAUUUUCCUUAGGGCCUUUGCUUUUAACAUUUCAAUUUUAAUCCACGGAUUUCAUGGGAAUUUAUGCUGAAUAUCACAAAAGUGGAUUACUGCUGAAUGCACUGACAAUUUUGACUCAAACUAGUAGUACAUUUCACAAUUAGUAAAUACAAAGAAACACAUUUUAUUAAACUGUGGAAUUUUUUAAUAGAAUGAGUAAAAUUGUAUUUUCUUGCAAAACACACCCCAAAAAUCUGUUUCUUGUAUUAGCUUUUUUUUUUUUGCCAUAGAUCUGCCAUAGAUCUGUAUACAUAUUUAUGUAAAUAACACAUUAGCCGAAAUAAUGUUAUGCCAAAAUUAGCUCAAAUAUCCCUGAAAUAUUCUAUGCUUGUGCUUGUGAAUAACUUUCAAACUAAAGUACAUAGAAUAAUUAUAUUAGUUUUAAUCUGCUGUAUAUACUGGUUCAUAGCCUGCAUAUGAGAUGCAUAUGAGUUUGAAUCUGAACUUAGUACAAUCAGUGAUAGCAUGCAUAUUACAAACUGUUGAAGAUUUUUUUUUAUCUUAAUAAAAGUAUGAAAAUAUUUCAAAUCAAUUUAGAUGAACACUACAGGGUAUUUGUAUAUUUGGAUGGAUAUAUUUAAUAUUAUAAUCAAUAUCGAUGUUUAAUGAAGACUUACAUUCAAAGAAAAUCUGUGGCAGCUGGUUUGAUUAUUAGAUUUUAUGGUAAGGUUACUUAAAUUUCCCCCAUAACAUUUAGAUUUCAGAGUUAUUACUUUUUUUUCUUCUUAGGUUUGAGUUAAAAUUAGGAUAUAGUUACAUCAUUUGCUGCUGACCGGAAUUUCCCAGACCGAUUAAAUUGAUUUAGAAUGAUGAAUUUUGCCAAAAAACAACAAAAAUAACAUCUGUAAUAUCUCUGUAUUUAAUUGCUUCAUAUAUUCUAAUGUGUGUGUGUGUAUAUGUGUUGUGUAUCAAAUGGUAUAGUGACAGAUUCUAUAUUUAUUUAUAUAUAAAUGUGUUGGACUCAAGCAAUCAUUAGUUCAGCUGUUUUAGCUUAGAGCAACCUUGUACUGUUUUAAAAACAUACCGUUCUUGUCAAGGUAACUAUAAGAUAAUUCAAGCAAACAUAUUCAGUUGGUGUCUUUGAUUUGGUAUUGCAUAAGCACCAUGUGACCCAACAGAUCUCUUUAUAAGAGAGUCCAGUUAGUAGGGGGAAUCAAAGGAGUCUCAUCGACAGCUCUUGAAACAUCUUAAAACAACAAGCCAUCACAAGCAGACCAGCAUGUCUUCUGUGAACCAUCGGAACAGCAGCACUUCUGACUGGAAAAAGGACAGGUCACAGAAUAAAGACCAACACUUCACUGAUGUUCUUGGUCUGCCGUGCAUUGAGAAUCUGGUGUGUUCUGCAGAUGAAACCCCAGAGCGCAUCGCAACUACAAUUACAGGUAACAUCCCCUCCUGGAUCAAAGGCAAUUUCCUCAGGAAUGGACCUGGAAAAUUUGAGAUCGGAAGAAGCAGUUUCAACCACUGGUUUGAUGGCAUGGCGCUUAUGCACCAAUUCCACAUUGAGGAUGGAAAGGUGACAUACAUGAGCCGCUUCCUCAACAGCGAUUGCUACAAGGAAAACCUUGAGCAUAACCGCAUUAUGGUGUCUGAAUUUGGCACAGUUGCCCUGCCAGACCCAUGCAAGAACUUCUUCCAGCGCUUCCUCUCACGAUUUGAGCUGCCAAAGCAAAGUGACAAUGCGAAUGUGAGCUUUGUUCAGUAUAAAGGAGACUACUAUGUCAGCACAGAGACCAACUUCAUGCACAAAAUAGACCCACAAACACUGGAAACAAAAGAAAAGGUGGACUGGAGUAAAUUUGUUGUGGUUAAUGGAGCCACAGCUCAUCCCCAUGUGGAUCCUGAUGGAACUACAUACAACAUGGGCAACUCUUACACUCGAAAAGGUGCUUUCUACAAUAUAAUAAUGGUGCCAUCAAAAAAGGUGAAUCCAAACGAUACCCUGGAAGGAGCCACAGUUGUGUGUUCAAUCCCAUCGGAGGACAAGACUAGACCAUCCUACUAUCACAGCUUUGCCAUGUCAGAGAACUAUGUGGUAUUCAUUGAGCAGCCAAUCAAAAUGGAUCUCUUGAAGAUUGUGACAAGCAGACUCCGUGGAAAGGGAAUUAAUGAGGGCGUAUACUGGGACCCCAGACGAAACACAGUUUUCCAUGUAAUCAAUAAACACACUGGAAAGCUGAGCCUCAUCAAGUAUUUUGCAAAGCCACUGUCAACCUUCCAUCAGAUAAACUGUUAUGAAGAAAACGAUUUUCUGAUCAUGGACAUGUGCUGUUCUGAUGAUGGCCAAGCAAUUAACAACUACCUGAUUCAGAAUCUAAAAAAGUCUGGAAGUGCUCUAGAUGAGGUAUACAACACAAUGUGCAGAGUGUUCCCCCGACGCUUUGUCCUGCCACUGAACACAGACAGUCAUACACCCUGUGGGCAAAAUCUCAACACCCGCUUGAACAGCACUGCCACAGCCAUCAAGACAGACAAUAAUAAGGUGUUUUGCACACAUGAAGAUCUCCAUGGUAAUGAUCUGCAUGAUUAUGGAGGUCUGGAAUUCCCACAGAUCAACUAUUCAAUGUGCAAUUCCCGUCCCUACCGUUAUUUCUACGGAUGUGGCUUCAGACACCUGGUUGGAGACUCUCUCAUUAAAAUGGACCUUCAAGGCAAACAAAUAAAGGUGUGGAAACAUGCAGGCAUGUAUCCCUCAGAACCGAUCUUUGUCUCAUCACCUGGUGCUGUAGAAGAGGAUGAUGGAGUCAUUCUGUCUGUGGUAAUCACCCCAAACCAGGACAAAAGCACCUUCCUUCUGGUGCUGGAUGCAAAAACAUUUGAAGAACUGGGCCGGGCUGAGGUACCUGUCAACAUUCCAUAUGGAUUCCAUGGGACUUUCCAAAAUAGAGACUGAGAGAGUUUUAAAAAGCCCAAAUAUUUAGCAAGAUGUUCAAGCUGUCUCUGAAUAACCUGCUUUUAAUUUUCUACUUGUGUUUUUUUCUCUCCUGAAUUAAUAACUUAUUAUUAUUAUUAUAUUUAGUAUUAUAUAAUCUAAGUAAAAUUACAUUUCA